AUAAAAGUGAAAAGACUUGUAAGUGAAGAAACUUUUCUAAAAUAACUUUUGAAAAUCCUUAAAUUUUAUUCAUAAAAUUAAUAGUAUAUUACCUAAAAUAAGGAGGUUAAUGUUUGAUCGACAUUUUUCACGAAAAAAUUAUUUGUGAAAUAUCAAGGUUAUAAUUGAAGUGGUGUAUAUAUUUCGGUCGAGGGCAUCGCGAAUUGCACACACACGAUCGGUUUAAAUCUAAACUCUAAUUGAACUACUGCGUCUUCGUUUAUUUUUAGAUUUUUAUUUUGGAAUCCGUUCUUUUUGGAUUGUUGUCAAACAGUGACAUCAGCAAAAAAGUGGUUUUAUGUUAGUAUCAUGUCUUCACUAAAACCGAGACGAGUCGAUUUUAACGCCACUUGGAGUGCUAUCAGAGAAACUAUCAAAGGUGUUAUAACGUUAGAUCACGUCCCAAGAACUGUCUGGAAUGACAGAUUUUCUGAUGUCUACUCGAUUUGCGUGGCUCAUCCCGAGCCUAUGGCGGACAGAUUAUACGCAGAAACCAAGCAAUACUUAAUAGACCACGUAGCGAAACUGUUAAACAACGUACAAGAAGAAGGCGAACGGAACCUCGUCAAAAACUACUUCCACUAUUGGUCUCAAUACUACGUAGGCAGUCAAUACUUGCACAGCAUGUAUCUAUACUUGAACCAGCAACACAUUAAAACCCAGAAAUUAUCCGACGCUGAAAUUAUAUACGGAAACCCCGAUGCCACUAUAGGCGAACAAAUGGAAAUCGGCGAACUCUGCUUGGAAGUGUGGCAAAGCGGCAUGAUAGCCCCGUUAGGACAACGACUAGUCAAACUUUUAUUAGAGGCCAUCGACCAAGAUAGAUCUCAGCAACCCUUAAGCACGUCCAUAGAGGCUGUAAGAGGAACCAUAAUCAGUUUCGUAGAGGUGCAAGGCUACAGGAAAAAAGGCCAGCUUCAGCUCUACCAGGAGCUGUUCGAGGAACCGUUCCUCAACGCCAGCGGGGAGCACUUCAAACGGGACGCCGUCAGGCUUCUACAAGAAAAAGAUGUCAGUUUGUACAUGGAAAGGGUGAAAGCAAAGAUCGAAGAGGAGUUAUUUAGAGCCAGGAAAUUUCUGCAUUACAGUUCGCUACCGAAGGUGUCUCACAGGUGCGAAACGCACAUGGUAGCGGAGCAUUUACCGUUUUUGUAUAGCGAAUGUAUGAAUAUGGUGCAAAACGAACGAAAGAAGGAUCUCUCUAACAUGUACGAUUUACUCAAAAGUGUUCAAAAUGCUAUGGUUGUUUUAGUUGAUACUGUACUAGAUCAUAUAAAAACUCAAGGUUUAGCUGCCGUGAGUAACUUACAAGGGGAGAACAUCCACAUUAACUUCGUAGAGAAUUUAUUAACGGUGUACAAAAAAUACAAGCAACUUAUACAGGACGUGUUCAAGUCCGAUCAGAAUUUCAUGGGCGCGUUGGACAAGGCGUGCAAUUCCGUGAUAAAUCACCGGCCCAAUCAAGGCAGAUCGCCCUGUAGAAGUCCCGAGCUGCUGGCUAAAUAUUGUGAUACUUUAUUGAAGAAAUCUAGCAAAGGAAUUAGCGAGGCGGAGGUGGACGAGAAAUUAGCUGAGAGUAUUAUAAUUUUCAAAUACAUAGAUGAUAAAGAUAUUUUUCAAAAAUUCUAUUCCCGGAUGCUUGCGAAGCGAUUAAUCCACCAACAAACCCAAAGUAUGGACGCUGAAGAAUCGAUGAUUAAUAGGUUGAAACAAGCUUGCGGAUACGAGUUUACCAGCAAACUCCACAGGAUGUUCACCGAUAUGUCCGUUAGCGCAGACUUGAAUAACAAAUUCAACGAUUUUCUAAAGGAAGAAAACGUCGAUUUAGGCAUCAAUUUCGGCAUAUACAUUUUACAAGCCGGCGCUUGGCCUCUCGGGCAGGCUGUAGUUACACCGUUUGCGCUACCACAGCAACUGGAAAAGAGCGUUCAAAUGUUCGAAUCGUUCUACCACAAGAGAUUCAACGGCAGGAAACUGACGUGGUUGCAUCACUUGUGCCAGGCCGAAUUGAAGCUCAACCACCUGAAAAGGCCUUACGUCGUAACGGUUCAGACCUUCCAAAUGGCCAUGUUGCUCCUCUUCGAAAACACCAAUUCGUUGACCUGCAAGGAAAUUCGCGAGACGUUGCAGUUGAAUAACGAGCAAUUCACCAGGCACGUCGUUAGCCUGAUAGAUUCUAAACUGCUACUAGCUGAUGCAGAGGAACUGACGCCCGAAGUAACGCUUAGGCUGAACUUAGAAUACUCGAAUAAAAGGACCAAGUUCAGGAUAACGGCCGCAGUACAAAAGGAAACGCCGCACGAAGUGGAGCAGACCAUGAACUCGGUAGAAGAAGAUAGAAAAAUGUACCUGCAAGCUGCGAUAGUUAGAAUUAUGAAAUCGAGGAAAGUUCUCAAGCACAAUCUUCUCAUACAGGAGGUCUAUGCUCAAUCGAAGGUUUCGUUUGCACCGAGUGUUCAACUGAUAAAGAAAUGUAUAGAAUCGUUGAUAGACAAACAAUAUAUUGAAAGAACGCCUCAUUCAACUGAGGAAUACAGUUAUGUAGCAUAAAUAAAAUUGAUUAAAGAGUAAACACUUUUUUUAAAUUAAAAAUUGGUUUGACAAGACUCAUUCGUGGGGUUUCGAGUGCUAAUUUGAAAUGAUUUUUUUUAUGUAAUUAUUAGCUAAACAUGUUUUUUUAAGUUUUUAUAAGUCUAACUCAUGUGAUAUGAUAACUUAUUUAGGAGCAUAUCGAAAAAAUUGUCGUUUUGCUAUUGAUUUUUCUACAAAAAAAUGUUACAAUUACACAUAUCUAACAUUUAA